GUGCCCCCGCCUGAAUUUGCGCGCAUCCCGUGCAUGCGCCCGCGGCCGCGCGCGUCACUCCUCCUUGUGAAUCCCAAGUAGCGCGCCGAGCCGCAGAGCUGGAUGGCAUCGCAGGGUGUCCGGUGCCAGACUGGAGCAAAACCCUCUAUAGGAGCCGUUAGCGCGGAUUAACUGCCCGCCGGCCUGGGGGGUGCACCAUCCCUUAUCACUUUUAAAUCACUGUCCUGUAUUAUCAACGUUUUAUUCCUUUGAAGACAUUUGGCAGAGCAGCAUUGUUUUUUUUUACCAAGUUGGAUUGAUCUCGUGAACUUCUACCUAGCCCUACUUUGGGUCCAGAUCUUGUCUGGUGCGUCCAGGCUGCAGGGGGCAGGGGAUUGGUCUCCCAGUCGCUAGAUCAUUUCCCUGACACGAGCGCGUGUGACUUUCCGUGCCGAGUGCGUGGACGGCCACUGUGUGAAGCAGCGCCGGGUGGAUGGACGGAUGGACGAGUCCGAUCUGGGACGCACUGGAAUAACACAGUGAACUGACGGAGGGGGGGGAGAUUGGUGUUCUGCUCGGCUCUUUUUUGUCUGGAGUUCAUCCUUUUCUUUUUCUCAGUUUUUCUUCCGCCAUCUGUGGAAUUGUUACCUGUAGUGGUGGGAACGCGCAGCCUUUUUUUCUUCUCCCUUGGCUUUGAUCACCUGCUAUGUAUCUGGUGUGGGAACUACCUGGUGGAAGGUGUACAGCGGGAUCCAGUGUGAGGGAACAGGACAUCUGCAACUGACGGAGCUUCAGUUUCUUCUUUAUUUUCUCUUUCUAAUCCGUGCGUAAUGUACGUGGAAUGAAGACAGAGGAUGGAUAUAAUUUGGGAAAUAUUGAUCAUUCUUCAAGCCAAUUUCAUUGUCUGCAUAUCAGCACAACCCAAUCCGCCGAAAAUUCACGAAGGAUGGUGGGCGUACAAGGAGGUGGUGCAGGGCAGCUUUGUUCCAGUGCCGUCGUUCUGGGGCCUGGUGAACUCGGCCUGGAACCUGUGCUCGGUGGGGAAGAGGCAGUCGCCAGUUAACAUCGAGACCAGCCACAUGAUCUUUGACCCCUUCCUCACGCCCAUAAAGCUGAACACAGGUGGACGCAAGGUGGGAGGGACGAUGUACAACACUGGCCGUCACGUCUCUCUGCGAUUGGACAAGGAGCAUCUGGUGAACAUCUCUGGAGGGCCAAUGACGUACAGCCAUCGUCUAGAGGAGAUCCGGCUACACUUCGGCAGUGAGGACGGCCAGGGCUCAGAACACCUGCUGAACGGACAGGCCUUCUCUGGAGAGGUUCAACUGAUCCACUACAAUCAUGAGCUGUACACAAAUUAUACAGAAGCUGCUAAAAGUCCCAAUGGAUUGGUCAUAGUGUCCAUAUUUAUGAAGAUUGCAGAGGCAUCAAACUCAUUCCUGAAUCGAAUGCUGAACAGAGACACCAUCACAAGAAUAACAUAUAAAAAUGAUGCGUACCUGCUGACCGGCCUCAACAUAGAGGAGAUUUACCCCGAGACAAGUAGUUUCAUCACAUACGAAGGCUCAAUGACCAUCCCUCCGUGCUUUGAGACCGCCACGUGGAUCCUGAUGAACAAGCCGGUGUACCUCACACGCAUGCAGAUGCACUCCUUGCGGCUGUUGAGCCAGAACCAGCCGUCUCAGAUCUUCCUGAGCAUGAGCGACAACGUUCGCCCAGUUCAGCCGUUGAACAACCGCUGCAUCCGCACCAAUAUCAACUUCAGCAUGCAGGGCAAAGACUGCCCCAACAACAGGGCUCAGAAGCUCCAGUACCGAGUGAACGAGUGGUUGCUAAAGUAGCCUCCCUUGGAUGAGCGUUGGAGAUGGAGAGCGUUGGAGAUGGAGAGCGGGACGAGGCGAUGGGGAGAAGGGAAGGAUGUAGGAAGAAAAGAUGUGAAACAUCUCAUCUAAGAUUACUUCAUGGCAUUGUAUAAAGACAACACCGGACAUUAUACGAAUUAAUGAACUUUGUAUUACGGGCAAAGAGACUCUUCUUUUCAUACAUUGAGAACCGUUUGAACCCUCGAUCCAACACAUGCUAUUAAGCCCCCCCCCCCCCCCGUACAACUAUAUCUAUAUGGACAUUUUGAUACCAAUACGUUUUUGGGAGAAAACCAAAAAAAGACACAUAGAAACAAACUAAAAAAAAAAGUAACGUGGAAGCAUUUAUUUGAUAGCCUCCCAACCAAUAGGACAACAUUGGGACUUUAAAGCCUUUGUAUAUAGAAAUGUUGCUUUCAGUGGGAAAAUCCAAGGACUAAGUCACUGCCCCCAUCCCGCCGGUCAAGACGAAGUGGUCAACACAAGUCUCGGACUUUUCCUUCAUUACCAACAAGGCAUGCAAUCAGCAAAACCCACAGAGAGGGAACACAGCCUUACCUUGUCAUUGUCCAAAACUAGAGUCAUGUCAUGGGAGACGAGCGGAUAUUUACAGGCUUUCUCAUGGCCUCAGAACAACCAGUGUCAUGGCCUCGUUUGUACAUAUUAUAAUUAUCAAUACUGCAGAAAAAUGAAUAUGUAAAGAAAACUAAUGAAUUAACAUUCAAAAGAUAUAUUAAGAGGAUUUAAAAAAAAAAGACAAAAAGUUGAGAAUUUUAAAAUGCUUGGUGCACUUUGAAUUCUGGAGCAGUUCUCAGUCUGAGCUGAUGCCUUUUUUCUGUUUUAUUGUUUACAAUGGUCAUACACUGUGUUUGAGUGUUGUUAUCAGCCCAAUAAAUGUGUCUGGAAAGUUCACCUUGGGAAAUGCUUCACUAUGAGGAUCUGACUUAUUGUACCUGUACCUGCUUUGUACCGUUCCAUAUUAAAUGUGUUGAUAUGUCAAUA